AAACAACGCUAGCUCUCACCACUUCCGCUUGUACCGUCUCCACAAUGCUGCUUUCCUGAAGGUUUUCUACUGUAUUUAACACAAAAUGUCUACUGAUCUGGUUCAGGAGGAGCGAGCUACUAAAGAAGAGCUAAAUAAACAGCUGAAGGAACAGAAGGUUGUGAUUGAUGAGCUGUCAAACCUGAAGAAACACAGGAAAGUAUACGUCCAGCAGCCGAAUAGCAACAUCUUCUUCCUCGCGGACAAAGGAGAGACGUUGAGCUUGUGCAAAAAGGAUCUGGAUAGAAUGAAGAAAGAAUACCAGGACAUGUAGAACCUGAGUGUGUGUGUGUGUGUGUGUGUAAAAUGUGUGGGAUCUGCUGUGUUGUGAGUUUGACCUCGUCUCAGUGUUCGCUUCACGAUCGUGUCUAUGAAACACUGCGUCGUCGGGGACCCGAUCACAGCCGGAACGUCAAAGCGAGUUCAUCGAACCCAGAGUACAGUUGCCUUUUCUCUGCUCAUGUCCUCCAUAUGAGAGGGAGUCUGACCCCGCAGCCUCUGCAAGACAACCGUGGGAAUCUCCUCCUCUGGAAUGGCGAGGUCUUUGGCGGAUUGGUGGUGGAACCUGAGGAAAACGAUACCCAAGUUAUUCUUGAUCGUUUGUCGGCGUGUAAAGGUCCGUCAGAUGUGUUGUCCGUCCUGGGUCAGGUUAAGGGACCGUGGGCGAUUAUCUAUUACCAGAAAGAGGAACAUUGCGUCUGGUUUGGGAGGGACUUCUUUGGGAGAAGAAGCUUGCUUUGGAGUUGGGGAACAGACAAGAGGUCCUUUACGCUGACGUCCGUGUCUACUGGCUCAGCGGAUCUCAAAUGUUCAGAGGUUCCAGCGGUCGGUGUUUACAGAG